GUCCGGUGUGCAUUUUCAAAAUUCCGCAUGUGUAAUCGUAAAGGUCAACGUGCCGUUACUCGCAACGCACGAUCCCUAGCUCUAUGCUAUGCUCUAUGGUCCCACGCAUCUACACUUCUAAGAGUUCUAUAACUAAUACAAAAACCACAAGUUGUGAAAACGUGUAGGCUUCCAUACACAACUUCCACUUCGAGACAAGAAUGGACGUUUUUAUCCCAGGGAGUUUCAGUCAACAAUAGGCAUUAACUCGACCGACUUUGUUGUGUGAAUUCUGUCACACACGGGUCAAUGCAUUGCACGUCAAGCAUUUUGGGGUUGGAAAUCGAUUGAAUAGCAGAACAGCAUACAACCCGGGAAAAUAUACCGUGUUGCCUUCAUAAUGCGCGAGGACUUUGCGGUUUCGUGGGUGAAGUAAAAAGAGCUGUAACACCAGUCACCUAAAUAACUCAGGAGUACCAUACCACGGUGAGAUUCGCGAGGACAACACAAGCUUCCCCACUGCUGGGAGCAUUACAGCGUAUGAUUUCGACUGACAGUUUUAGGGGGGGGACAGUGCACUCUUGUUUAGCUCUCGACACUCCGUGGUUGCAUAAACUGCAACCCUGACUCAGACGUCGUCAUCAUGUCUGUUUCUUGGACUCGGAGUUCCUUGGAACACUCCCUUUUCUUUCGUAACUAAGAAAGGGGAACUUUGCAUUGAGGGGCUUUUCUUUCUCCUGUUUUUUAAGUGAUUGUCAAUGUUACACUCUGAAGUGGGUCACAUGACAAACAUCGUCUCAACGGCUGUUUGGUUACGGUAAACUGGACUUUGCUUUUUUCCCACGGGCGGACUUUUCUAAACUUGCGUGGAGGUCAUAAAAAAAACGGUGUACCUCUUUUGCUUCGGAUUGUGUACACAGCGUUUGUGGGACGCUCUAAUUCUUCAACACAUUAGUUUCUUUGUGGAUAAGGAUUGGGCCAUUAAUUUGGGGUCUUCAAGGAAUCAAGGACUCGGUUUUCUUAUAUCAUUUACUCCUCUGGCUGGGACACUGUUGGUGGGGGAAGAUCACAACAUGGAUAGGACGUGUAGGGUGAAGCAGUUCGGCAUACAUGGAGUUUACUUGGUAACUGUGUUGAUACUGCUGGUCAUGGUGUUGGACAGUGUUUCUGCUCAGACUGCUGGUGGUGUCGAUGGUCUAUGCCCCAACACUGUAAGUACAACAGUGAAGUACAUAACGACAGAUACAAUAUCGAGAUCUCACAUGACCACCACUAAGUGUGGACUAUUUAAUUGGUUGAGUUGUACAGUGUAUCGUACCGUGUACAGCAGCGAGCCAAGGACCGCAACUCGUGAAAUCUACAUUAUAGUAUAUGUUUGCUGUGAUGGUUGGGAAACUCAAGAAGAUGGUUCAUGCAGUCGAAUAACUACAGAAAGGGCAAGCACCGAACCAGCAUUGACCAUUAAAAGCACCCUUGAUUCAAGCACGACCACGCCCACAUACACCGUCGAUAUGCUUUCACCGGAGUCAUCAUCGUCGUCGAUGGUAUCUCCUUCAUCAACGGCCACGUCGAGCGGAAGUCCACCCGUAGAGAUGGUUCUACCCGAAGACGUCUUCUCAGACGAGAAGCCAUCUUUCUUUGGAGAUAAAAGGAUGCUCGGGGGAAUAGGAGGUGUGGCAGGAGCUCUGAUCAUCUUGGUUACAUUGAUGCUGUUGUUAAUAACAAGGAGGAGGCGUCGUUCCAGAGAGAAACGGAAUGCAGAGCCUGGGGUUCUGUUUGAGUUAUUGACAUCCAACUCACCACCGCAAGCCCCGACUCCGGACAUCUACACAGAAAUACCUGACCAUCAGAACAACAUCAGCUCAACCGGACAGGAAAUAGUCACAGAUCAAGGUCAGAGUGAUUAUGACAUUGCCUUCGUACACAACCAACGGCCGUCGGGUCGUAUCAACACGUAUCAAGACGUCAAAGACCUCGUCGCCAGUUGCAACGGAAUAAAUGAACAGAAGAAAACAACCGUCGGGAAUAAAGGAGGAGCGAGCGCCAAAAUGGAGUCCCCAUCUGCUGCCAAGACGAUGGAGUCGAACGUAUGUCUUGGGCAGAAUGGUCAGGUCUACACCGAGUUAGAUCAGAAUGGACUCGACAGGGCCGAGCAGGCCCCAUACCAAAACUUGACGGUGCUGGACACUGUAAUUAAAGCACCCACUUCCUACGGCAAUGGGCGUAGUUCCCCUGCUGUACCCUACAACAAACUUGAUCGAACAAAUCGUGUCGUGCCCACAGACCCAGACGAUGAGGCCUACAACACUGUGAUCAUAGGUCCGACCGGAAGUAGUGAGGACGCCCCUUACGACAAACUGGAACGACAGAGAAGUGCCCCGCACCACGGGUCCGAGGACAAUCUUGCCGUGUCGAUACCAGCCGGGUACGCUGCCCUCGGAGUCAACGGUAGCAACCUUGCCUACGAUAAGCUGGAGAGGCACGAAGCUCAAGGUUUCGAGCCUGACAGACACGUCGGUAAGACGACCGGACCGAAUACGUACGAUGCGAUCAACCCCACUAGUCCCAACAAGAAGACCUACGACAAGCUUCAACGGCAGCAUUCGGCGGAUCGUGGACUGAACGAUUCUCCCGCCAAAACUAAAUCUUCUGAUGAGCUACCCAAGAGCGACAACGAAUACGAUACGGUAGAAAUUGGAAGCCCUGUCGGACAACCCAUUCCAGCAGGAGGGGAGAUCUACCAAAAUCUACCCAAGAAACCUAAAGAAAAGGGUCAAACAACCUCACCUGACUUAAAAACAAAGGCAAGCCCUGUCGUUCGUCCCUUAUACGACAUAGUUCCGGGGUCAUCAUCGCGCAAACUCAGUGCUCCCGUUUACGACAUCGUGCCGACUUCCCCUCGCGAAAAUGGUAUCGCCCCUUUGUACGACAUACCUCCCGCCCUCAGUCAGCAAAUCUCACGCAAGGAAAGCUUUGAAGGCCCCGCCUCUCCUCCUGUCAAUCAGCCUGGAACCAGGCCCGUUUAUGACACGCCCCCUUUGAGGUUGGACAGCACGAGCUCUCUGCAGUUUGACGAAACUUGUCCUGUGUAUGAAAACACGCCUACAUCUCGUAAACAGUCUGUCUUCUAGUUGAAUCUGCACAAAGAAACAACAAAUUGAGGUAUCCACGCCUUCCCAGAUCGGGGAUUUUGUCUCCUAGGAGAUCAAGAAGACAUGUGACCCUGAUCGGGGCCCAGUUUAUUGAAGUUUGUCAAUAGUUAAGUGGCCUUUAAUUGUUUGAAUCUAGCCCUGGCCUAAUAUUUCCAUUUAUAGUUAGUGUGAUAACCGCGUCCAUACCCAGAUUGGGAUUUUAUCUCCCAGUUGACAUCAAGAAGACAAGUGACCCCGAUCGGGGCCUUGUUUAUUGAAGUUUGUCAAUAUUUGAAGGGUGCCUUUAAUUAUUUGAGUCUAAGCCUGGCCUAAUCUCCUAUUAUAGCCUUUGUGUGAUAACAGUGUCCAUCUCCCAGUUGGGAUCAAGGUGGCCAGUGACUCCGAUCAGGGCCCUUUUUAAUUGAAAAUUGACUGCAGUUUGUCAAUAGUGAACAAGGUGCUUGUAAUAGUUCAAGUAUAGGCCUGGCCUAACGUCUCUUUUUGUGGCCCUUGUAGGAUAACAAGGUCUACUCAGAUUGGGGACUUCAUCCCAAAUUGAGAUCAAUAUGACCUGUGCCCCCGAUCGAGGCCCAAUUUCAUGGAGCUGAAAUUAUUUGCCUUUUGAACAUUUUAUUCGGAUUGAUGGUAACCUCAUUCUGAUCAGAUUUUGUUGUGCUUAGCUAGCUGCUAAUGGGGUUAAGCAGCUCUUUAAAAUUGGGCUCUGGAGAUUUGAAUGACUGUUAGUUAAGUGAAGGUGUCUUUUAUUGUUCGAGUCUAGGGCUGGCCUAAGUCUCUUAUUAUAGCCUUAGUUUUGGGACCUCUGUAUAUAGCCGUGUACAUUAACAUACUUAUUUUUAAUACAUGUACAGCUCGCAUAAUGUGACUUUUUGAGCCAAAUAUUAACUCCGCAAUGCUAAAGAGAUAUAACGUGUUGAACCACCUUCUUUGUUAAUUGGGGCCUUUAAAUGGUCAGAAUCUCCCACCGACAGAUUUCUAACAAUUAAACUGCAAAACAAACUGCUAAGAAAAACACCAUAAGGUGUUAAAAUAACACUGAUUUCGGCAAAAUCAAUUAAAUUUGUUUUAUUUAAUGAUGUUAAUUAGAUUUUUUUUUUCAUAUGAGACAACACACAUGGUGUCAAUUUUAACAUCACAUACAGGCGGUUCUAUAUGAAAUGUUAAAAAGUUGUUAUGUCUGAUAUUCAAUAUUUAAAAACAUGGACACCUUUGGUAAUUGUCAAAAAGCAGUCUUCUCACCUGGUGUAUCUCAACAUU